AUGCAUAUCAACUCCCUCCUCAUCCCCCUCCUCGCCGCCGCAACCCAAACCUUAGCCCUCGGCAAAGCAACAGUCGUAAAUAACUGCGCAACCGAAGUCUCCGUCUGGUCCGUCGGCGGCGACGUCCGCGCCGCCGGACCCUUGGCCGCAAAGGGCGGCUCCUACAGCGAGACCUUCGCCCGGGACCCGACCACCGGCGGCCGGGCCCUCAAGAUCACCCGCGCGCGCGACGGCCUGUACACGGGCGCGCCGCAGCUCGUGUACGCGUAUAACCUGGAUGGUGCGGGAGUGUGGUAUGAUUUGAGCACCGUUUUCGGGGACGGGUUCAAGGGGAACAAGAUUGUUGUGGCGAGUCGGCUUACGAGCUGUCCUGCUAUCGUGUGGGAGGGUGGUGUUAGUCCUGGAGGCAGUCAGGUUAAGACUGGGGAGGAGGAGGGUGGUCUCGAUGAGGGGUGA